GUUGGUGAGAAGAACCUAGGAACUCUGGUAGAGAAGAGCUUGAGAAAUAAUCCCCGAGCGAUGGAUCCCACAGUUGCCCAGCAAGCGCCAAUGGCCGUUCCGUCCAGCCCAUCCCUGCCCUGCUCUCUCUUGUCUGGGAACAUGGGCUGGAGCCGCAACGUUGUCUCUGGCUGGCAACGGGCUGCGACACACAGAAUACCAUGGAUAAAGCCAGGCCAGAGAUGGGCGAACUUCAGUGAGGUGCAGCGUCCCCGGUGCCGGUCAGCCUCCCUUGCUUUCAAGCGGCAUCUGGAGAACAGAGAUCAGGAGCCCAAUUCCAAGCACUUCCUCUCAGAGGACAAGAUGGCCGCCCGCUUUAACUCCCUGAGCCUGGACAACGACCACGUCUACAGUUCCAACGGCUUCCCUGUUCACGAUGACGACCCCCAAUGGCAGCAGGCCUACACACGAUUGAAAGAGCUGCAGCAGAGGCUGUCCCAAGAGGGAGCAGGUGAAGAAACCAGCUCAGCCGAGGAGAAUGAGCUCAACAAUGUCAUUGUGGAUGGGGAAUUCAUCAUGGGAGAUUGCCCCAUGCUGACGCCUCCUUCCCUGUUGCAAGGGGGGCUUGGAGGAGUCAGCAUCAUACCUGAAGAGGUGUUUCUCGCUCUGAACCCUUGUACAGAGGUUGUCUUGUGGAGUCCCCACAGUAACUCCAGCCUGCAAACCAUCCGGACAUUGAUGGCUCUCCCAUCUUCCUUGAGCUCUUCUGCACAGCCUCAGCAAGACACGGUGGCAAUACUAGAGGAAAUGGAAAUAUGAGCUUUCGUCCAUCUUGUCCAACUUCCCUUUGAAGCAAAACUCACUCUUCCAGUCUCCCAUCAGACUUUCAACAACUGGCGCCAUUAACCAGCCUCACAAGUUUGGGCGCAAACAUUUCAUGGCAGUAGAGCUGCACUCCACAUUUUCGAUCGACUGCAAUAAUUCUCUUUUCUCCACUAGAUGUAAAGCAUAUAAGCAAUGGUUUCUGGUGUAUGUAUUGUCGUGUUUUGCUAUUUCCUCUUCCAAUAUACUAGCCCGUACUAAGGGCACAAUCCGAUGGAUAUUUAGACAAAAGUCCUACAACUCCCAGCAUUCCCCAGCCAGCAUUGCUAGCAGGGGAAUGUUGGGAUUUGUAGGAAUUCGUUUUGUCUAAAUAUGCAUAGGGUUGCUCUAAAAGUCCAACGGGUGUCAUGAGGUGCUAGGACUCAACUUGCAAUAUGUACAUUUAAAGUAGAAUUUUCAGAAUGGCCUUUCUAAUCUCCUCUUUUAUAUAUUAUCACAGAAGCGAGAUUUCAACUUCCAUCCAAAAAGAGAGGAAAUUCAACUUCGUUUUCUCAUGACCUCUCUCAAGACAAAGCCUUCCAAACCUUUUAUUCCCACUGCAUCUCCAUAUGGCCUGAUAUCCAAGUGUUACUCCAUAUAGCAUCAACAGGGGGCACUGUGACAAAUCCUUCCUG